GAGCAAAAUUUCAGACCUGUGUCCAUGUCUGUCCAACACAGUACCAAAAUCCGCUGGUAGAAUUAUCUCCCUCCACUACUUGAACCCCAGAGCCAGCCAUCCAGAGCAGACAUGGAAACUAACUACCCCAAGUACAUCCACUGUGCGCUCCUCAUCCUCGCCUCAUGGCUCCUCACCUGCCUCUUCCACUUCCAGUUCUUCCACCUCUUCGGUGGCGGUCCCCUCGUCUUCCUCCCGUUCUCCCUCUACACGAGCUUCUUCUCCGUCCCUGCCAUCGCUGACGACCGCCGGUUGACGUUGUGCGACGGGCGGUACGUGCACAUUCUGGACCUGCCACCGCGGUUCCAUGUCUGCGUUGAUGGCUCUCCCUCAUUCGACAGCAGGUACAGCAUAUGUCCCCUCAUGUCCAAUGCCGGGCUCGGCCCGGUGCUCAGCCCCGCCGGUAAUUGCAGCGACGGCGAUGCCUGCAUCGUUCCCAGCACUGGAUGGUACAACACGAACCAGUAUGCGCUGGAGGUGAUCGCCCACAACCGGAUGCGGCGGUACGAGUGCCUGACCGACGACCCGGCGGUAGCGACUGCUGUGUACGUGCCAUACUACCCGGCGCUGGAGCUGCACCCGCACAUGUGCGGGAUGUUCAACGCCACGAUGAGGAACGGGCCGUCAGUUGAGUUCCUGAGGUGGCUGUCGUCGCGGCCGGCGUGGGCGGCGCUCGGCGGGCGCGACCACUUCAUGGUGGCCUCCAAGACCAUGUGGAUGUUCCGGAGGGUGGAGGUGGUCGGCGGCGAUGACUCGGGUUGCGGCAACAGCUUCCUGGAGCAGCCGGAGUCCAGGAACAUGACGGUGCUUACGUACGAGUCCAAUAUAUGGGUACGACCACGGCAAGACUUCGCCGUGCCGUACCCGAGCUACUUCCACCCGUCGUCGGCCGGCGAGGUGGCCGAAUGGCAGGCGCGCGUGCGCGCCGCUCCGCGGCCCUGGCUGUUCGCGUUCGCCGGAGCGCGCCGGCCCAACGGGACGGUGGCCAUCCGCGACCGCAUCUUCGACGCGUGCGACGCCGCGCUGCCUCGCCGCCGCUGCGGGAAGCUCGACUGCGGCCACGGCCUCCAGGGCAGCAUCACCUGCCGAUCGCCGCGGAGGCUCAUCUCUCUCUUCGCCUCCUCUCGCUUCUGCCUGCAGCCGCCCGGCGACUCCUUCAUGCGCCGCUCGUCCGUGGACGCCGUCAUGGCUGGCUGCAUCCCCGUCUUCUUCCACGAGGCCUCCACCUUCAAGAAGCAGUACCGAUGGCACGAGCGGGACCCGGGCAGCGACGGUGAUCGUGACCGCAGAGACAACGACCGCCGGUACUACGUGCUCAUCGACCAGGACGACGUCCUCCAAGGGAAGGUGGACAUCGAGGAGGUGUUGAGCAGGUACUCCGAUGACGAGGUGACCACCAUGAGAGAGGAGGUGAUCAAGAUGAUCCCGAGGUUCUUGUACAAGGAUCCCAGGCUGAGUUUCGAGGGGGACAUGAGGGACGCGUUUGACAUCGCCAUCGAUGAGGUGUUGGCGAGGAUGAGGAGGAUCAAGAAUGGGGAGGACUUUGGACGGAAAGACGAAAAUGACGGUGCUGUGGUUGCCAACGUUUCAUGACCUUCGGUGAAAAUUUGUUUGUGUUCACGAGUUGGGGUACUGGUUUUGUUGGUGUUUUUGUGCUUAGUUAAUUACAGUGUAUACUUACGGUGCGGUAAGAUCUGAGAGAGCUAAAUAAAUCAGAGGGUUGUAUAGUUACUUCCAGUUUUUAUGUCUGUUAUUGCAGAGUAAUAAGCGGGGUGGCAUACAAAAUUG